GAGGGGCUGUAAUUUGAGAGUCAGCAGAGAGGUAUUAUUAGCCAAAAACCCGGAGCGCGGCACUUGAGACAUCCAGAUGUUGCGUUUGAGGCACCAAGUGAAGUCGGGUGAAGGCUACAACUGUUUUCCACGCUGAAACAAACUUUCAUACAUCACUUUCCUGCUCUUCGACAGUGAUGGGAGCUGGCAGGCUCGAUUAAAGGAAGACAAGUGAGGCUGUUAAAGACAUUUUCAAGCCUUGUUUUUUAAUCACCCGGGUGGACAUAGUGUGUCUGUUUAAUAUAGGGAGUAUUGAGAAGUAAAAAGCUACAACAAAGCCUGAACUAACUGCGCAGUUUGGACGUCAUAAACCUGACUGAAAUGUUUGUGUUUCUACGCCGGGUUGGAAUUAAAUAGUUCUCCAGGUUGACACUUUUUGAUACAAACUUCUGUGGUAUUUCUUAUUUCUUGGAGCAUCAUGGCUUUUAUUCACUUGCUCCUGUGCGCCGGGAUGUUAUCACUGCCGAUGUGUGGAGCGUUUUUCAACGGACCAUUACAACCGGAGAUGUCCAAUGGCACUUUUCAUCAUUAUUUCGUGCCGGACGGCGACUAUGAGGAAAACGACGACCCGGAGAAGUGCCAAAUGCUUUUUAAAAUGACCGAUGAAAGAAAGUGCGGACUCCCUGAGGACCAGGACGCUGUCAUACGGGAUGAUUUCACUAUCAUCAAGAGGCAGAUUGAGGACUCGGCCAGGGUGCUGGAGGGCAUCGGGAAAAGCAUCUCGUACGACCUGGACGGAGAGGACAGCUACGGGAAAUAUCUGCGGAGGGAGACGGCGCAGAUAAGUGAGGCGUUUACAAACUCGGAGAAGUCUCUGCUAGAGCUCGAGGUGAAAUUCAAGCAGAGCCAGGAGAGUGAGCUGAAAGAGGAGCACCGGCUCAACGACGACUUUCUCAACAUGAUAGUGCACACGCGGGACGUCCUGAAAGACACCUUGGACAUUUCUCUGGGACUCAAGGACAAGCACGAGCUCCUGUCUUUGAUCAUCCGCAGCCACGGCACGAGACUGAGUAGACUGAAGAACGAAUACAUGAAAUACUGAAUGAGAAUCGGACCCUGAACGUCUCAUUAUAGUGUUUUUAUUACCUUUUUCUUUUUUUUUUAACUUUCAUAUGAUGGAGUGUGACCAUGAGGCAGAGGCAGGUGUGAAGAAUGAUAGCAAUCAUAUCAGGGAUUUAAAAAAAAAAAAAAAAAAGCUUAACCAUGCACCUAAAGUACAAAGAUAUUUCCUCCUUUAACUCCAGAGCAGCAACUUAAGGUUCUGGACCCAUCCAGUGGGUCCAAAUAUUAGAUCUGGGGUCACAAGAUAGAACAGAAUUUAUUAUUUUCCAGCAAUUAUUUUUCUCUCUCACUUUUCUGUCUCACUCUCACCUUUGCUUUUUUCCUCAUCCAGGAAACUUGCAGGUCACACAAAACAUUGAAAAUCACAGCUGUAGAGAUAAUGUUGUGUUUAGUUGUAUUAUCUUUGAGCUAUAGGCCAAUUAGAUGACAAAACUGCAAUUUUUCCAAUAUAAACACAGUGCCAAUACUUCCUAUUGAUAACUUGCUUUUAUGGUCAUAUAAGGGCGCCAUGUGUCAAAAUCCAAGAAAAUUUAAAUUUAAACAUAAGAAAAACUAAAACAGCACCAUUCACAUCCAUUGCUGUCUUUGCAUAUAUAUCGUAGAUACGUUACGUAACACCCUUGAAAUAUAAAAAAGAUGACUAUGCUGAAUGCUUAUAGUAAAUUACUUUAUCAAGGUCUUUUUUUUUACACUAAUCUUACUCUAAAAAUCUGGCUCUUUAUUUAAUAUUACCCAUUUUGAACAUCCUCUCUUAUAGCAUCUGCAGUUUGCUACGACCACAUGAUGAUGAAAUAUCCUGAGAAAAAAAAAACAUGGAGAUAUUGUAAAUGGAUAAAAGAACCAGAGAGGAAUGCAGACUUUAUUUCUGAAACGAAAAAGAAAUUCCAGCAAACCUAACUCACUAAAUCAAAUCAAAGUACCUCAUCAAAUCGACAGAAAAGGCCAUAAAAAUCCAACAUUGCCAUAAAAUGGUCGUGUUCAAUGAUUUGUGAUGCACCCUCAGAUAUUAAAGAGAUAACCACCACAGUAUAAGAGGUAUAAAAAAAAUCUAUAGACAAUCAUCUGAGGGUCAAAACUGUCACUCAGAGCGACCACUGUAUUAUUACUAGAGUAUUACAUAUAAUGAAAGCACACCAAUGGUGCCUGUCGCUAUAUUUAAAUGUGUUAAUCCAAAGUACAGUAAUCAUUUUUUAGUUAAAGUAUUGCCUUAAUGUAAGUUAAACAUUAAUGAUACAGUGGCCAAUCAAUAGGCUACACUAAACUGCCUCUUUUAAAUGGUCCUUUGUGGUUAGUGCAUUGAAUUGACCUGUCAGCAGUCACAGGUUUAGGUGGCUUUGUGUGUCUGUGUGCGUGUGUAUGUUUAAAACAACGGCUUCAAAGAUGAGUCAGCCAAUUAAAAGUGAGAACAGUUUACUGUCGUCAGAUGAAGGGUUUUUCCAAACUUCAUUCAGUCCUAAGUAAGCAGUGAGGAGAGAGUCUUGGAGAUUAUUUUGGCAUUUUCACUUGAGAAAUAAAUUAUUUUUCAACACUUUGGACAGGCUAUGUGUCAGCGUCCAUAUUUACUAGUGAAUGAUGUACUUUUGGUUUCAUUUAGACUCAAAAAGUUGAAUUAACGAGUUUUGGAAAACCUUUCAUAGAAGCAUAGGAGCUGACAUAAUGGACCUCAUGUAGCUUUGUUUAAAUCUCCCAACAUGAGUUUCUAUUAUUGUUGCUCUUCUCUGACCAUCCACAUGAAUGUUUCUACAAAUAUCAAAUAAUGUUUACAUAUGGACAUCUAUCGGUUGUAUUAUCUUGCUUUAUAGGCUGGCAGACUUUGCACAAUUCUUCACUGGUUCAGGUGCUAAAGGUUGUGACAUGGUUUAACAUGCAAGGCCUUUACUGUGCAGCUUAUGCAGAGGCGGUAUAAUCUUGUAUUGUACAGUGUAUUAUCAGAAAUAAGUAAAUACUGUGAGUGCUUAUAUCUUUAUUACAGAACACAUUGAUAUGUAUGAGUUGUUUGUAUAAAGCUUUGAAAUAGAGCGGCAUUUAUCUAUUCUUGUCUACCUUCGGAAUACAGUAUUGGGUGAUAAUAAUUUGACAGAUAAGACUGCAGGCAGCACUCGUGGACUUCAAUGUCAAACAGAAAUAUGUGUGAAAAUAUUAACAGAUUGUGUUGUGUCUUCUCAAAUAAAGAAGUUGUGUAUAAAGUUC